AUGGAGACUAUAGCUGGCCUCGGUGCGGAUCGCCCACGCCAUGUGGCCUCGCAGCAUUCUCUACGAUCACAGUCGCAAAUAGCGUCGAUUCCCUCAAAUCCUGGUGGGCCGCAUGGCGAGCCUGAAGUUUCCGAGGAGCUAGCAUGGGGACCGGCUCAUCCCUGCUUCCCACAUAUUAACCCGCAUGUCCCGCUUGGGUCUGAAGAAUACUUGACCACGCGUGUCAUUCGGAUUCGGCGAGAUUGGAUGGACAAGGGUGAUCUUGCGCCCACGUUCUCCAACCUCUAUCCAGAAAUUCUCGACCCGUUACUACCGGAACAAGAGUUUCGGAGGGUUAUUGCGACGGUGAAUGAAGAGCUGACCCGCGCAUUCAACCCGUAUAGUCUUCGCAACUGGAUAGACGGUGUUCUUGGCUUCAUCACAGGCUGGAUCUGGGAGGAUCUGGGGGCGCCGGCGAUCAAGGGCCACCUGAAGCGGGUCGAGGACUGGCUCGAAAAGUGGAACCGGGAGGUCGGGGCAAAGGACGGGGUUCGUAUCUGGAGUCUCCGACGAACAGCGUAUAUGUCGCUGGACAUUCAAAUCCCUGAUCCAAAAGUCGGUAUUGUGCCCAGCGAGGGUAACCAAUCGCGCCCAGGCACUCGACCGGACAGUGGUCCAUGA